CGUCCCUUUUUAUAUUGUUAAAAGCAUGAACACAACACGAUUGAUCUUUGGACUAAUAGAAGCAUGAACAAGUGUAAGGAGAUGGAGCUGAUGGAGCAUAUUAGUAUUAGGUAGGACAUCUAUCGUGGAAUAGUCGAAUUCUUUUGUCUGUGUAGUAUGACUCCUCGGCGUGGCGCUAGAUGACACUAUGAUUCGACAUUAUUCUUUAACACAUAAAGUUCAAUCUAUCGUAACGAUUAUAAUAAAAUUCUCUCCGGCCAUAAGAAGAUAAGAUUAUCAUACCUAUUCAUAAACAAAUUAUGGCCAAUCAAGCAGCUGCGUUGUGUUUGUGUGUGUUGUAGUGUGCCUGCUUGCGACAAUUAUCCACAAACAUAAAUUGAGAUCAUACCUGCGAUUGACUUUUGAUGGUUCGUAAGGUUCCUUUUCCAUUUAUAAAGUUGUGUACAGGUACCCUGCAGUUUUUGUAACUGUUUCGUGCGUAUCAUCACAGUGUUUCACUGAUGGAUAAAGGCACCUCUCCUUGAUCUGUAACAGAAAAACUAUCCCACCUACCUGCACACACGCGGCAAUAGUAAGAAGAUGGACCGGUUUUAACACUUAACUAUGCGCAUUUGAUGAGUAUUUUGAAGAAAAUGAUAAUAGACAAUGAGGUGGUUGGUGAGCCUGCAUUGGCGGUGCCAGGACAUCUCUCCUUCGCGCAGUAUGUGAUAGACAAGCUUCGAGAGCACUGCAAGACCGGCGAUAGCGUUGCUUUGGUAAACGGAGAUACUGGCGAAGAGGUAACAUUUCAACAAAUUUUAAAAGACGUUGUACAAAUAGCCACAGGGCUUAAGAAAUUUGGUAUAAAGCGUGGCGACGUGGUCGCCAUGUGCAGUGAGAGCAGGGUCGAAUACAUCACCACUGCCAUAGCCGUCAUUUGCUGCGGAGCCACCGUUACCGCCGUCAACUUGCAGUAUACUCCUGACGAAAUGUCGCACGUGCUGAACAUUGCUAAGCCAAAUAUCGUAAUCGGGUCCCAAUCGGCUCUAAAAAUAAAUCUAAAUACCUUGAGAAGACUACCAUUUGUAAAGAAGAUAGUGCAAUUUGACGAUACACCACUAAAGCCUGGUACUGUGCUGUUGAGUAGUUUAAUGGAGGGAGAAGUGAAUGUGGAGGAAUAUUCACCGGCAGAUGUCCAGGGCUGGUCAGACGUGUUGGUGAUAUUGUACUCGUCGGGUACGACAGGCUUACCAAAAGGAGUCAUGCUGACACACUUGAACAUAUUGUACAGCGCAAUGCAUUAUAGUAACUCAAACAUCGAUCAAGACGCCUACACACGAAUGCUGACAGUGGUGCCGUGGUAUCACGGCUAUGGACUCUUAACCACAAUCAAUUACAUAGCCGUUAAAAAGAAGCUAGUUUUCUUACAAGGAUUCAAUGCUGAAAAGUAUUUAGGAGCUAUCCAAAAGUACAAGAUACAAGUUCUACUAACAGUCCCGCCAAUAGUUCUCUUGCUGGCGAAAUCGCCAGUGGUGGAGAAAUACGACCUGUCGUCAGUGAGCGUGGUGUGGUGCUCUGCAGCGCCCCUUAGCAAGGAGACCAUCCUGGGAGCUUUAAAGCGAUUACCAAAUUGCACCGGAAUAUUUCAAGCGUACGGCAUGACGGAAACGUCGUUAGCGGCGACGCGAGAUGAGAUCGACGCGGCCACUCAGCGGGUCGGCAGCGGCGGCCGGCCGCUUCCGGGCGUCCGGACUAAGGUAGUGGACAUCGAAACUCGUAAAAAGCUCGGUCCCAACCAGCAAGGCGAGGUAUGCAUCAAAGGCCCCAUCGUGAUGAAAGGAUACGCAGGCAACGAGGCUGCCACCCGUGACGUCAUGGACGACGAGGGGUAUCUGAAGACAGGAGAUAUCGGCUAUUACGACGAACAAGGAUUCCUGUUUAUAGUCGACAGAUUGAAGGAGAUUAUCAAAUAUAAAGGUUUCCAGGUAGCUCCUGCAGAGGUAGAGCGCGUGUUACUGCAACAUCCCGGAGUAGCCGAGUGCGGUGUGGUGGGGGCCCCGGAUGUGGCCGCCGGCGAGCUGCCCUUCGCUUUCGUGGUGACCCGGCCUGGGACCACACCCAUAGAAGCCGAGCUGUUGGAGUUCACAGCUAGUCGGCUGUCCCCGACGAAACGACUUCACGGAGUUAUAUUCGUGACCGAGAUCCCAAAGAACCCAUCCGGGAAAAUUCUUCGCCGCGUUCUGAAGCAGAAGCUGAAAGAGAUGCGCGCGAGCAAACUGUAGAUUUGUAAGAAUUGGCAUUUUUUUUUACAAUGUUUAAUAAAAUAUAGACUCAAA